UUUGUUCUUACCACUAAUAUUCACCCCAUGAAUUGUGAACUGGCAAUUGCUUCUCAAUUCAAGAGUUGGUUGAUGUAUUUACCUACCCUACCAUGCGAUUCCGUCCUUGUGGUCCAACGGUCAAGAUUCCUGCUUGUCAAGCAGCAAAGCCUUCGGGCUUGGCUUCAACACUCGCAGGCGACCGGGGUUCGACUCCCCGCCUGAGAGCUCUUUGAUAAGCUGUGCAAGAGCCAGAUCAUUGGCAAUACCGCAGAAUUCUAUUAGAGCGUGUUUUCUUCGCAUGGACAGCGGGCGAACAUGUUUAUGAAUGACUCUGAAUUUAUCACAUGCUACUGUAAGUCCUAGCUUGAGCGCUCGACAGGCGGGACGACCCUGGACUACUAGUUGCUCAAGCUUUUGAAUUCCAAGUCUCGGCCGGAUUUCAGUGACAGGGUCGCA